AUGGAGUCAGAGGAGUUAGGGAAGGCAGCGUUACAAGUGAAAGUGAAGGAAAAUGAUCCGCGCAUCACCCUGACAGAGCUUUUGGGCAAGGCAAAGUAUUUUCGAGGGAAGAAGCUGAACGGAGAAUAUGAGAUCCGGGUGGAGCAGGCGGAGUUCUCAGAGAUCAACCUGGCCUCCUACGUCACCUCGGGAUGUAUGGUGGACAUGCAGGUCAACAAAGGUGGCACCAGAGUGGUCAGGUCCUUUAAGCCAGACUUCGUCCUGAUUCGCCAGCACGCCUACAGCAUGGUCCCCGGUGAGGAUUUCAGGAACCUUGUGAUCGGCCUGCAUUUCGGCGGCGUCCCAAGCAGCAAUUCUCUCUUCUCCAUCUACAACUUCUGCAGCAAACCUUGGGUGUUUUCUCAGAUGAUUAAGCUCUACCACUCUCUUGGUCCUGAAAAAUUCCCCCUGAAUGAACAAACCUUCUAUCCAAACCACACGCAGAUGGUAACAACCCCGUCAUACCCUGUGGUGGUCAAGAUGGGACACGCCCACGCUGGCAUGGGGAAGAUCAAAGUGGAAAACCAACAGGACUUCCAGGACAUCACCAGUGUGGUGGCUCUGGCCGGGACCUACGCCACCACCGAGCCCUACGUCCAAUCCAAAUACGAUAUCCGCAUCCAGAAGAUCGGCAACAACUACAAGGCUUACAUGAGAACGUCCAUCUCUGGGAACUGGAAGGCUAACACGGGCUCUGCCAUGUUGGAACAGAUCGCGAUGACUGACAGAUAUCGGCUGUGGGUGGACUCCUGCGCCGAGAUGUUUGGUGGCCUAGACAUCUGUGCAGUGAAGGCCGUCCACGGAAAAGACGGCAACGACUAUAUCAUCGAGGUGAUGGACAGCUCCAUGCCUCUGAUUGGUGAGCAUGUGGAGGAGGAUAAACAGCUGAUCACAGAGCUGGUCAUCAACAAGAUGGCGCAGGUGCUGCUGGGAGUCACCACACCUCAGCCUUCCUCUGUCAAGACCACACAGCCCAGACGAGGGGGACACCGCUCUGCUUCUGCAUCUCCAUCCCAGUCAGCCCAGGGUUCACCUCAGCGAGCCCGAUCAGCCACCACCUCACCCAGCCAGGCCUUCCAGCCCGGCCCCAUCCCUGCCACCUCCGGGCCUGGAGCUCAGAAACAGUCACCACAGCUGAACAAAUCCCAGUCGCUGACCAACACCUUUACAGAGACGUUACGAGGAUCCCUGACAGAUGACGAGGCCAAAGCUGAGACCAUCCGCAGCCUCCGACAGUCCUUCGCCAGCCUCUUCUCCGACUAAAAACCUCCCCAGAAGCUUCCUCUUUCUGUCAGUUGUCAGGUUUGGGGAAAAAAAAAAGAAAACAACCUGACUGGUUAAUCUGUUCUGGAGUCUCCCUCCUCCUCAGAGCCUCAGCUUCCUGUUCCUCCUCUUUCCUUCUCACUGUUUGUGAACACCUGGUGAAUCCUGCUGUCCUCAGAUCAGUGAUUAAACUAACACUAGAAAGGCCAAGACUAGAUUUUGGGGUUGAAGAUGAAGAUGUCAAACUUUAAAAGCUAUUUACAUUUGCCCUCCUUACAGGACAUGUAAAGAGAUAAGAAUCAAACCAGACCCCAUUCAAAUUUCUGCAACUUUUAAAUAGCUUGGUGAUUAUGUCUGUUUCCUCUUUGCUGGUCAUGCCAGUUUGAAUAGAUGCAGAAAAAGGUCAAUAUAAGCAUUAGUUCGGCUGAUAUUUGGCAGUCUUUCUUCCCCUUUUACCCAUAAUCCUUUGUGUUUUUAUAGAACAGCACUGCAGUGAUCAUGUUAGAUGACAGUCAUUUUCAGGCAUUUCGAUUCUGUAAUUUGGCGUGUUUAAAGUUGAAAAAGAGUUGAAAAGCAUCAAUAAAAACAUGUGAAUUCCCCCUAGAGUAUAGAUCAGCAGUCAGCUGUCAGCAGCUUGGCCUUUCUAGUGGUAAAUAAUCACAGUAAAUAAUCAUAAUCUAUCUCAUACUGCUCGGUAUAUAGUCGUUAUUCUGCAUUCUGUUUGUCCAACCAGUGAAACUGUUCAUUAUUGGGUCAUGUUUGUUUGUUUGUAUAUAUAUAUUUAUUUAUUUAUGAAAUUAAGUUUAUUUUAAUUCCUUUAAUUGACUCGCAGCUUCCAAACUGUUUGCAGACGUCUACGGCAAUAUUCUUAUCCGAAGCUGUCUCUCUUGAGAAAUGUACUGAAUCCUCACGGUUCACCAGCGAAUUUCGAGCAUCUUGCCAGCAGCCGCAUUUCUCAGACAUCCAUGUGCUGUAGACACAUAUUGGCUUACGUAGUGACUCCUCUACCUAACAUAACCAAAGUGCUUUUGAAUAAAAUCAUUAAAUAACCCCCCCCACCUGCACUGGGUCAAGAAACCAAUCACAGCGAACCAACCUUUCAGUUUGUGAUUUAACAAGGUGCAAAUGCUGUACUGGCCUACAGCCGUCGUCUUCCAUCACAGCCCAGAUCUUCCCCUGUGGUUCUUCUGUUUCUUAAUGUUUCGUGCUUUGUGAAUAGCACUAUAUAGUAUUUCCUGUGGGGGAUCUGUAUCAUAACUACUACCGCUGUGUGUUUAAAGGCGAACAAUGAGGAUGUAAUAUUUUGACGUGUUUGAGUUUCCACUGAGACGGGAAAAGAUUUGGUUGUGUGACAUCACAUCUUACAUGUUUAUUUUCCUUUAUUCUCUACAACCAAUGAUAAUUUAUCAUCAUCAGUUAUGUGUAUGCAACAUCUGCAGUGGUAGCAGCCGAAACAGACGUCCUCUUCCAUCCUGCUUUGGAACUGUAUGUUAAAGUUAAGUGAAUGUCGAGUCCAGUCGGUCCAGUUGAUCUUAACUAUUCAAAAAAGACAGUAAAAACAAUGGUAACGCUUUAUUUUAUGGGUGCUGCAAUUGUCUUAAUAAUUUCCUAGGAAGCUUCCUAGAAAAGACGAUGUAAUUUGGUGCAAAUUAUAGCAAUAGAAUAUGUUUAUUUAUGGCACCUGUGUCCACAGCGCUACCAUUCACAGUAUAAGUGGUUGUUGACUUCCAGAGGUAUUUUAUUGAACUGCUCUAAAGAUGAUGUGUAGCCUUGAAAAAAAAUUAGUUGUUUUGUUAUUGUCAUUCAGAUUUAAUUACUAAAAAACAGGCAAAAAUUGAAUUUAUGUAGAUGUUUAUUUAUUUGGGUAUAAGUGUGGGUAUAAGACGCUCAAGCUAUCAGUUUGUUUGGAAGUAUUCAAAAGUGUGAAUGCUGUCUCAGUUAUAUAAUUAGCUCUAAAUUAUACAGUAAAAUGGAAAUGUAAGCAUGCUUAUAUUUCCAGGAAAUAAUCAGAAAGCCCCCCAAAAAUAAAUUCUCAGCAAAGUAAUUGGUUCCCAAAAUAAUUCCCUGGUGCAUCCCAUUUUUGUUGCAUCAAACUUACAGAAGGAGAUUAACAGUAUAUUUGGCUUUCGGCGCAGAGCACAAUCACAGUCUAAUUAUGUAUGAAUUGCUCUUCUUGCAGGAAGUUAUCUAAAUUAAUAAGCUGUCCUGUCGUUGACUCUAUAGUUAUCUGUACUACAAGCUGAAAAAGCCUAGAGAUGUUUUCCAUUUAGAUGACAUGGAUAAAAAAAGACAAUUAUAAUUCAUAUUCCCAUCUGUACUCCAAACAGAUACCCAAUACAAACAGGAUAUCUGAAUAUCUGUGAGCGGUGUGCAGUAGUUUUAAUGGACCUGUCAUGAUUCCAAAGCUUGUGAUAAUAAUAAUAAUAAUAGUAUUAUAGUAAUAGUAAUAUUAUUCAUAACAAUGCCCGCAUUUAAAGGUCAUUUUUAUUUAAAUGCAUGAAGUUGUAUAACAUUUAUAAUGGGCUGUGUGAGUGUCUGUAUGUGUGUGUAAAAUUGUGUGUUUGCCAUUUUGAUUAAUAAUGAUACUACCACAAAAAAGAACUGCCCAUUUUUGCAAUAAUUAUGUUAAUAAUAAGUGUGACACCAUUUUGAUUUUAAACUAUGAAGCUUGCCACUUUAAAAGAAGCCUUUUUUUCCCUUUUUUUUCUUUUACGAAGCUUUUAUUUGAUGCUUUGUCAGUCUCACUGGCAGAAACAUGAAAAAAUAACAUUGUUCGUCCAUUGAGCCGAAAAAGCUCAGCGUGUUUCAGCUUGGUAAAAUACACACUACAGUGCUUGUCACCAACAACUGUACAAAGCAAUGAUAGUGAUAGUGGAGGAAAAAUAAUCUGGUUGCAUUUAAUAACAGUGGGCGGAGUCACAGAAUCACAGUUUUAAGGGUAGUUAAUUGACCAUUUGCUAAGCCCCGCUCUCUCUGUUACUGUUGCCAUCUGUCAAGUUUUCUGUUCUUGCACAUUAAAUAUGGCAUUUACAAUGAUAAUGACAGCUUUACCUUUAUUUAAACAUAGAGAAUCCUUGUUAUUAAGGACACAGUUGGACUUCAAGUAGGGCUGUCCCCUUAAAGUCCAAGAUUCCAAUCAUUAGUCAGAGACCCCUUAAGUUGUUUUUGUUUUGUUUGUUUGGUCAGUCAGUGUAUUUCUGGGGACAAUUCAGUGCCCAGAUUUAGCUGCAGAGUGAGCGCUCCUCCCUUUACACUGCUCUCCGUUACAGGCAGCUGCAGACCCAGAGCCAGGGUGAGUGCGUUAGAUGGAGGCAGCUUAGUAGUAGAAGUACUAGUAGCAGUAUCUCACUAUCACUGUCCUCAUUCAUAUUUUAAGAAGCUACAAAUUAUAUUCAGCCACAAAAUAAGCCUGAAAAGCUGCAAAUCAGGACAUUUGCAUAGAGAUGAUACACCAACCAUAGGCGUUUCUAGCCCAUUUUCAGGGGUGCUGAAGCACCCCUAAAUUGAAUCCCAGCACCCCUAAAAUUUGAGAGAUUUUUAUUUUUAUUUUUUAUUUUUUUACUGACAUUUUUAUGUCCUUUUUUAACAAGCUAGAAAAGUGUCAAAACCGUACAGUACUUGGUUGAAACGUAAUAUUUUAACAACAAAAAUACAGCCAACAUAACAUUAACAUUAUAACUCCUAUUGUGACAAAAAGGAAAAAGGCAGAGACAAACAUUGAAAAAGUCAAUUACUGUUAAUGUGUUAAUGUUACAUGUUGUGCAUUGCAUUUCAAAUAAAAGUCAAAAAAAUAAGCCCAAGGUCCAUUUUUGGUAUUUUUGGUACUCACUAUAGGGGGCUGGUUUACUCCAGAAACAUACAUACUGUUUAUGUGUAUGUUGAGGAGCUGCUGUAUCAAAAUGAGUUGUCUUCCCCCAGAAAUUAGGGUUACGAUAUGUUUCUUUUAUGAUUCCAAUCCAUUCCUCUUUUGCUGUGGCUCAGCAUUUAAAUAACCUUAAUCAGAUUUGAUGGUUUAGUCACAGACUUUCCCAAAAAGUGUUGUGCUUUUCUUUCACAAAUGUGGGAAUGAAAUUGAGUUAAAAUGUACAAAACAGUAAAAUUUAUCUUGUCUGGCUGGGCAGCUCUCUGGGUGCUGAGCACCCCUAAACCUCUGAUCCUAGAAUCGCCCCUGACACCAACUCAUCUAGUUGCAUUGGUGUGAACCAGCAGGUUUUUAGAAUGAUGCAGAACAGCAAUUCACAAGCAGUUGACAGUUUCAACUUGUCUCGUCAUGAAUCUUUGGUCUGAAGUGGGCCUAACGUUCCUAUAUUUUGUUUGGACCAUUAGCUCCGUAAUGCUAGCAGGUUACUUUAACGGCUAACUUUAGCGGGACAUGCUAAAGUUAGCUGCGUACCUUGAGCAGAAAAAACACUAUUUAGGGGUGGGAGGGUUUUAGUAAAUGGUCAGUUAGCCUGCUUACCUUCCAACAUCUGAAAGUCUGUGUUAGUGAUUUUUUUUUUGCAAUUUAAAAGUUUAAUAACACUGUGAUUCUUAAACUCGCCCCGACCAGUCUCCCCGGUUAUUGUUUGUAAAAGCAAAAUUCUGAUCCACAGUCAGCUUUAUCUCAAAGUGUCUUGUUAUGAGCACUCUUGCGAGCGUUUCAUCGCCUUUGGCACUGUGUCAAAAGUGGACCAAAUUAGCAUUUCAUUGUGAGUCCGCUUGAAGGUGGAAAUCAUAUUGUUUUGUCUUUAUUAUAAAGAUGCCUACCACCUAGUGUGUAAUACUGCAGUGUGAUAAGCCAUAACCAAACCAUCCCUUAUAUGCCACGCAAUAAUGGCUGUGACGUCACUGAUAACCUGACAUAUGAACUUAGAUCACUGUGUCCGUUAACUUUAAAGACAUUAGGAGGCCUGCUCUGCCCUGCAGAGGCAGUAGCUGUUUUUGAUUUUUAAAAGAGAAAUAAUGCCACACAGUUUAAUUAUGUGCUACGAGUACUUGUGUCAGGAUGAAAGAUGAACAUUGAUGUCACUUCUCUCAGUUUAGGGUUUAAAAAUGCAGUUUAAGAUCCAGUUGAUGCCAUACAUGUACCCAUCUGUUGGGUCUAAUCAACGUCAGAUGAUUUUAGUUUGCUUUGUUUAAUGUAUUGCCAAAUAAAGUCUCAUUCAGCUGCUCCAUCUUAACGAACCUGAUCCUUUUGAUUUGAUUCAAUUCGAACUGAGCUGCAAAGUUUACUAGUAACUACCUCAAGUCCAGCAGUGCUCUGCAGAAACUGACUAUAGAGUUGUAGUACUGGAAAGGAUUCUGUGAAAUGAGAACUCCAUUUUAGUGCAAGAGAAGGGGGGAUUAGAAAUCGCUCUGUCAGCUGGAAGGGAUUAGUUUGAUUCAUGGACUGUGGAGAAACAACAAUGUAGUGUUUGUGACAUCAACCUGAGGAGGAGCAGAGUCGAGGUUCCCUGCAACAUCCAAACAUAGGCAGCAGGAUGGAGACUGGAAAUGCCUUCGGUGUAACAACUAACACUGUAAAAGCGUUACAAAGUCACUUCCCAAAUAUACUUUGUUUUUUUGGCUUUUGCCUUUAUUGGACAGGACAGGUUAAGCGUGAAAGGAGGAGAGACAGAGGUCAUGACAUGCAGUUAAUGAGCUUUAACUUGACUGACAGCUCUCCGAGCGCUCUGUCACAGGACUUGUCGACACGUUCACAGGUGUUUUGGAAAAUGUGGUGUUUUCUAAUGGUGUUUCGUCCACUGGCAAACUUUGUUUUAGGUUCACUGAAACAAACCUUUCGUAAAACUCCACCCCGGGUGACAUUUGUUUUUCAGAAGCUGUUUUCAGUGUUGACAUUUUGACGGAGAAAACUGAGGCAAUUUUUUUGGCUUGAAACAUCAGAGUGUGCGCCGUAAUCUCCUUUGUGAGGCGUCACCAAUGAGGCGACAUUUCGUGCUAUGGCAGACUUGACCAAAAUAGUACUGGAUCUAAUGUUGCUAACAGGAAUUUUACAUGUUUACAAAUCGUAAACGUCGACGCAAACGCACGCAGACGCAAACGCGUUGGGACGCAUCAAGGCCCACUGGCUGCCUUGAUGCAUGCUUGCGUCUCAAAAUAUGUUGUCCAUUUUUUUGAUACGCGACGCAGCGAUGCGUGUAAUACCAUGCGUUGCCAGCGGGGGUGAUAAUGCAAGCGACAUACUUGAAUACUUUGUUAUUCACAGAAGAAACCGGUAUGAAAUAUGAUGGGCACACCCUUAUUUAUAUGACAGUUCUAGUGCCCUGCACUCUAAUGAAAUAGCUAGCUACAGCAGUACUAGCUAGCCGGAAUGUACCAGUGACUCUGCUAGCCCCUACUGCGCGAGCGAUGUAUUGCAUUUCCAGUGUCGCCCAUGUCGCUUGUGUUCAAUGUGUUGACUAUGGAAGGAAGUGCGUUGCUUGCGUCACUUGCGUCGCUUGCUCGCGUCACUUGCUCGCGUUGUGUGCGUUGACUAUGAAACGGCCCUCAGGCUGACUCCAAAUGUCCGGCCUUUACUGCACUUGAAGACUUUGCGGGUGCAUUCCGGGGAAGUCUGGGAGUGCUGAGAGCUGUCCAAAUCCACAGUUCAUCCAGUCCACAACGGGCCUCAAGUGGACUGUCUGCAGACAUAGUCAGCUUGGGGUGCAGACUCCACUGAUAUAAUAACCCCCAGUUCACUGCCAUACGGACGUGACGUUGUGGUUUUUUCAACUGACGAAAAUAAAGAAUGUUUAGAAUAGUUAUUGA